AUGGGGGUUUGUACAGAACCAGCAGAGAGCUGCUCAGGGUUUAGAUGUGCGGCGGCGGCGUGUAAGAUCGAGCAGCUGUCUAGGGAGGGCAGUCAGUACAACCUUUCGACCGGGAUUCUUUCUUCUCUUGGUACCAAAGGUGACCGGAUCGGAAAGCCAUCGUCGAGGGUCUGCAUGAGCUUGAGAGCUUUGUUCAAUCUUUUGAGGCAAGCCUCUUCCGGAUAUCUCGAUUUCUUAGUUACGCUGGUUGGGAUUUUCUUGGCCUGCUCUAUGAAUAUGGAUUUGAGUAAGGGUUUGGCAGCGGAGGCAAAGGGGAGACGUGAGGUAUCUCCACUUUCCAGCAGGGGUCCAACCAAUUCAGCCGUGCACCACAGAGGGAGAAAAAAGCUCCCGUUGAGGAAACUGGUGGUGAGCAUGAUAGGCGGAAAGCGCCACGAUAAAGAGCGACCUUGA